AUGUUAACUGAUGUGUCUCGACCUGAUGUUUUUGAAGCUGCAGCUGCUGCUACUCUCAGCAUCCAUCCCGGCAGGUCAUUCUUCUUUUAUUAUGAAACUGUGACUCUGAGCUGUGCAGUGCCAGGUAAUUUCAGCAGCUGGACAGUGAAGAGAAACACAUCCACAAAGUCUUCUGUUUCAUGUGAGACCUGGGGCAAAUUAAAUGGAUCAUCCUGCACCAUCAAAGUUGUCUACCCAUUUGACAGUGGAGUGUACUGGUGUGAGUCUGACAGCGGGGAGUGCAGCAACACCAUCAACAUCAGAGUGAGAACUGGUCUGAUCCUGCAGGGUCCUGCUGUUCCUCUGACUGAGGGAGACAGUGUGACACUAAACUGCUCCUAUAAGGAAAAAUAUGCAAAGGAGUCUACGUCCAAUUUCAGUGCUGCUUUCUACAGAAAUGGUGCUUUUAUUGAAAAAAUGCCUGAAGGAAGGUUGAGGCUUAUCCAUGUGUCCAAGGAGAACGAAGGCUUCUACAAGUGUGAACAUCCCACAAAAGGACAAUCACCAGAGAUCUGGCUGGAAGUGAGAGGUGGUGAUGAUGAUGAUGAUGGUGAAGAAGGAGCAGAACCACGAAGGGGUUGGUGAGAAUCCAGGAAGCACGAGA